ACAACUAUUAGCAUGUUUCGGCCCACCAAGAUGGUCCUCAUAGUCCGCUCCGAUUUGAGGAUGGGCCCCGGGAAGAUCGCUUCCCAGUGCGCCCACGCCGCAGUUACUCUAGCACAAUCGAGCGGAACUAUAGUUAAGAACAUGUGGAUGCUGAAGGGACAGCCGAAAAUCGUUUUGAAAGCUGACAACGAGAACGUGCUGAACGAUAUCCAUCAGAGCGCCAUCAAGGAUAAGCUCAACGCCUGCUUGAUACGCGAUGCUGGGAGGACGCAGGUCGAAAGUGGGACUUUGACGGUGCUCGGGAUCGGACCUAAUAGUGUUGAAGACAUUGAUAAAUUAACUAAACACUUGAAAUUAUUAUAAAAAAAAAACAAUCUGAUCAUCGUGUUACGUAAUAAAGUGUUACUUUUGUAUUAA